AUGGCUAACUACCAAAUGAGCACUUUCAAGAUACCAAAAACCACAAUAGAGGAAAUGAACAAAAUCCAAAGGAAUUUUUUCUGGGGAAAGGUAAAAGGAAAACCUAAAGGUGUCUUUCUGAAAGCUUGGACAGGGGUCUGUAAACCCUUGGAAGAGGGAGGUCUUGAUUUUGUCAAUCUUGAAAAAUUUAACUCUGCCAUUAUCUCCAAAAUGGGAUGGAGAAUUACGAAACAACCUAACAGUAUAGGGUCUCAGGUUAUGAAAGCUAAAUAUUUCGAAAAGGUUGACAUAAUGCAUAUGUCUCCAAUACCUAAACCAACUGAUUCAUGGGUAUGGAAAGACAUUCCCUCGGGCAUAGCUAAUAUCCAGGAUUAUGAAAAAUGGGAAGUUGGCUCUGGAGUCAACAUAGAUAUUUGGCAGGACAAUUGGAUCAAAAUCUUUGAAGAUCCUGUCUCCAAGCCAAACAACUGUCCUAUAGGAGUGAAUAAGGUGGCUGAUCUUUUUGCUGAAAACCAGCAGUGGAAUAGGCCCCUAAUCCAUAGUCUGUUUGCGAACUUUAUUGCUAAUAAAAUCAUAAACACGGACAUAAAAGUUGGUCAUGAUGACAAGGUCAAAUGGUCUCUAACAAAAGAUGGGAAAUUUACUAUCACACAUCUACCUACAGAGGAGCAAGGGGGUCAAAGCUUGGCCAAGGAAUCUCCGAUGCUGUAA